AUGCCUCUAGCUCUCCCUCGCAGUUCGUCGGACGACAAAACCCCGCCGACUCAGGUCGCCCUGCCAGAGUCUGACGAUGAUUCUCCUCGCGCCUCUCUCCUUACUCCUUGGAGACCUCCCCGAGGGUCGCUGUCGACAGGAAGAAGUUCGCCGUUUGUGCCGAGUCGAACAACAGCGUGGCGGGACGAGUUGAUCAACAAUGCAGAGAAGAUACGGCGUCGUGUACAAGCCGUUUGGCGCAAGAUGACCCCCGUGCAGCGGGUGCUGGCAUGUGUUGGCUUCGUCGUCAUCCACGUCCUUCUCAUCCUGUUCCUGAUAUUUAAUGAACGCAUCUUCGGCCUGCUGGAGCCUGUCGCAGAACGCUGGAAGCAUACUCCUGGAGGAUGGACGAUUUUAUGGUCGUUGACAUUUCUCACCGCAUUUCCGCCCAUCAUUGGCUACUCGACAUGCGGCACCACCGCUGGGUUCGUGUAUGGAGUCUGGGAAGGAUGGUUGAUUCUGGCCACGGCCACAAUCGUGGGUUCACUCUGUUCCUUUCUGGUUUCUAGGACGCUGCUGCGCAAAUGGGUGGAGAGGAUGGUGGCGCACGACAAACGGUUCGCGGCAUUUACCCUGAUCCUGAAGCAUGAUGGGUUGAAACUGCUGUGCAUGAUCCGACUCUGCCCUCUCCCCUAUUCCUUGUCGAACGGAGCAAUGUCAACAUUCCCCACCGUCCACCCUGGGAUGUACGCCUUGGCUACGGCAAUGGUGACGCCCAAGUUGCUCAUCCAUGUCUUUAUUGGUAGUCGGUUGGCGGUGAUUGCACGAACCAGGGAGAAAAUGACCCUCGCGGAUCGCGCUGUCAACUACAGCAGCAUUGGGAUAGGUGCCGUCGUGGGCAUUGGCGUGGGCUUGUACAUCUACAGGCAAACAAUGGCUCGAGCAAGGGAACUGGAAGCGGAAGAAGCGGCCAGCAUACGGGAUAGCACGCGAAGGACCGGCCAUAUUCCAGCCGAGUUUAGCGACGAUCCUGAAGCACAAGUGGCUGCGAACACGUUGGCCCAAGACGAUGACGCGAUGGACUAUUUCGACGAUGCUCCUCCCGAGCGAUUGGAAUACCAUGAUGAGCCGACUGAUGACGAAGAUGUCUUUGGGCAAGGUGACGGCGGUGACGAAGAGAUGACAGCCAACAUUGGUCUGCAAUCACAGAAGAGAUAG